AUGAAAGAUGAUCGCCCUAUCGUUUAUAUUGACGAAACACGGGUUAACCAAAACCAUUCGGAGUCAAUGAUAUGGCAAAAUGAAUAUGGCACUAAAGGAUUGAAAGUUCCAACGAGAAAAGGAAGUAACAAGCUUAUCGUGUAUCAUGCUGGAUGUGAUCGUUACGGCUUUAUUCAAGGGUCCAAACUAGUAUUCCGUAACAAUAUAUUAGGCCAUGCCGCCGACUAUCACAGUCAAUUGAAUGCCGAAAUGUUUAAAAACUGGUUUAUUGAACUUUUAAACAAUCUGGAAGAACCGUCUGUUUUAGUAAUAGGUAAUGAGCCAUAUAAUUCCACAUUGGUAGAAAACCACCCAAAAAGUAAUUGGAGAAAAUUGGACGUACAAAAAUGGUUAAGCGAAAAAAAUAUUGAAUUUCAUCCACUUGAAACAUUACCGGAACUUCAUCAAAAAGAUAAAGCCUUAAUUCCGCGCCAAAAGAAAUACUUGCUUGACCAAAUUGCGUUAGAAAAAAACCAUGAAGUAAUACGCCUACCUCCUCGUCACUUCCAAUACAACGCAAUAGAACUUAUAUGGGCCCAAGUUAAACGUCAAGUAGCAAAAAACAACAAUACGUUCAAGAUGGUUGAUAUCGAACGUCUUACCAAUGAAGCAUUAGAUGCGGUAACCAAAGAGGAUUGGGAAAAUUGUGUAAGGCAUACCGAAAAACUACAAGAAUCGGAUCACCGAAAAGAAAUUCUUAGGGACGCCUUAAUGGAACCGUAG